AUGCAAGCGCAGGAGAGCCCUCACGAGCAUCAGCAGAACCUGCUGCUGUCGCGUAUCAUCACAAACGUGGAAAAACUGAACGAGGCAAUUGUUGUCAUGAAUAAGAGCCUUCAGGAGAUUAACGUUCAGAACAUGAAUGUCGAGCUCGUCGCCCAGAUGUUCAAGAAUUACCAGUCCAAUGUCCUCUUUCAUCUAGAAGCAACGGAUAACCUCAAACCUCCUUCGUGAGG